UUUUGACCAUAAACAAGCGCAUUCAGGAAAAAUCCUUUAAAUUACCAUUGAAAUUGGAAUUUAUGUUACAUCUUCUCUAAGCAUUUCAAUUAACUUUCUUUUCCCGUGUUUGGAAUGCAAGGCACUGUCUUUCAAUGAAGUUUAGUCACAGUCUUCAAUUCAACGCCGUUCCGGAAUGGUCGGAAAGCUAUAUAGCUUACUCUAAUCUAAAGAAACUGAUUUAUGCUCUUGAACGUGAGCAAGUGAGUCUUCCAUCCCAAAGGGUGGAUGAGGAAACGGGACUCUUGGACCAUCAACAUCAAUUAUCUGCGGACGAACGAUUUCGUUUGAGUCUCAACAAAGAUCUUGAUGGAAUAGUAAGCUUCUAUAGCCCAAAAGAACGAGAAAUUGAAGAAACAUUUAAGAAGCUGGGUUCUGAGUAUGAAAACUAUGUACUGGAGUAUGACCUUGGAAAGCAAGGCGGCAAUGGAGAUGGUCUUCGUGAUAGUGCGCAGUUCAAGAAAGGUAAUAAGAAUCAAUUGAACUAUCACUACUCUACCAACGGUCAAGAUUUACCAACUUCUACCGCCUCUGAUCACCACGUAUAUAUGAACGAUGCGGCCGACAGCGAAGGAAACCUCAGUAAUCCGACUAUAUCGCGAGCUGAAUCUACUGCUAUAUUUAAGUCUGAACAUUCAGAUUCAGCUUCUCAGAAGGAUGUCUCUAUUGGGGCUCCCCAAAAUGAAGAGGACGAUGACGACGAUGAUGAUGAUGAAGAGGAGGAAGAUACAGACAACCAUCACCAUUUACUUGUGGAAAGAUAUCCAUCUGAUAUUAUGGCUUAUGAGAACUUUGUUUCUUUGAAACGGAAAAUCACACAGUUAUACAUCUCCAUUCACGAUCUCAUGUCCUAUGUACAGCUCAACUGGACGGGAUUCUCAAAGAUUCUCAAAAAGUAUGACAAGACUCUAGGAAGCAGCAUGCGUGAGCCUUAUAUGCGUUAUGUAAACGAAGCAUACCCUUUCCGCUCUGAAAUUCGUGACUCGUUGACAAAGCGUUUAAAUAAAGUGGCUGAAUGGUACGCCAAGUUAUGCUGUCAAGGUGAUACAUUUGUCGCUAUUCGACGCCUUCGAGGUCAUCUUCGUGAAUAUGUUGCUUGGGAACGAAACACUAUUUGGCGGGAAAUGAUUGCAAUAGAGCGUAGAACCGAGGCUGCACGCAUUUCUGGUCUUCAAUCGGUAGUCGCUGUCGUCAGCGACAAGGAUGCUUAUGCUUCCAAAUACAUAGUCAUCCAUACUAGAUUCGGAGAUAUUAAAUUACGAAGGUUUUUUUUGAACACUACAUUUCUCACUCUCGCUGUUAUAAUUAUGUUAUUUAUUGCUAUUUUGAAUUUUCCGAUAAUUGAUAAUAGAGAACAAAAUAAUUGUAUGGCACUUCUUGUGCUGGUUUCCCUUCUGUGGGCCACAGAGGCUAUUCCUCUUUUCGUUACCUCUUUCCUUGUCCCUUUCCUUACUUCUUUUUUAAGGAUUUUACGUGCUGAUGAUGGAUCCUCUUUACCAGGGAAGGAAUCAACAAAGGUCAUUUUCGGUUCUAUGUGGAAUCCAACGAUUGUAUUACUCUUAGGAGGUUUUACAAUUGCUGGAGCGCUAAGUAAGUACCAAAUCGCAAAACGACUGGCCACUUCUAUUCUUGCCCAUGCUGGCCAGAAACCAAGAAAUGUGUUGCUGAUGAAUAUGGUUGUUGCUAUGUUUGCUAGCAUGUGGAUUAGCAAUGUUGCAGCCCCCAUUCUCUGUUUUUCCAUUAUACAGCCUCUUCUAAGGAAUUUACCAGCUGAGUCUGAUUUUGCGAAGAUAUUACUUAUCGGCAUUUCCCUCGCCUCCAAUAUUGGUGGUAUGGCUUCUCCUAUUGCCUCUCCGCAGAACAUCAUUGCUUUACAAAACAUGGAUCCUUCACCUGGAUGGGGUGAAUGGUUUGCGAUUUCAAUACCAGUUUGCACAGUUAGUAUCUUCGGCGUUUGGUUUUUAUUAUUGUUUCUGUCUUCCUCAUCAGAGCGUGUUGUCCUGGCCAAGAUUCGCCCAAGCAGAGACAAGUUUACCAAAACACAGUGGUUCAUCUCCUUUGUAACUAUAUCGACGAUCAUACUUUGGUGUCUUGAGCGAAGGUACGAUGAAAUCUUCGGGGAUAUGGGUGUGAUUGCUCUUAUACCCAUUAUUAUCUUCUUUGGUACCGGUCUCUUGACGAAAGAGGAUUUUAAUAACUUUUUAUGGACCGUUAUCAUAUUAGCAAUGGGAGGUGUUGCUUUGGGCAAAGCUGUUUCAUCGUCGGGACUUUUAGAGUUGAUUGCUAUUAAUAUUGGAAAUGCUGUGUCGUCCUUAGACACGUUCAGAGUAUUGUUAGUCUUUUCAUUAUUGACUCUGGUUGUAGCUACCUUCGUCUCACAUAUGGUAGCUGCUAUGAUUGUUCUACCGGUCAUCCAUGAAGUCGGCAGUCGGUUAACUGACCCGCAUCCUCGUAUCUUUGUGAUGGCUUGCGGCCUAAUGUGCAGUAUUGCAAUGGCUUUACCGACUAGUGGGUUCCCAAAUAUGACUGCUAUCAUGAUGGAAAAUGAAAUGGGAAAACGCUAUCUAAAGGUUUCCGAUUUUUUAAAGGCCGGAAUACCAGCUACUCUUAUAUCGUUUGUUGCUUUGCUUAUAGUUGGAACUCCUAUUAUGCGUAUCUUGGGAUUUUAGAUCAGCCUUAAGUUUAUAGUUUUAUUCUAAUUACUUUUUGAGUUAGAAAUACAUAUUUGGAGCAGAUAUUAUGAAGUUAAUAGAAUAUUUGCAUCUUUUGAAAUCGCUCAUUAUUGUCGUAUUCUAUUGUUUUCUUCAACAGCGAAUUUAGUAAUCCAAAAUAUUAAUAAAUUAUAACUUUAGAGAGUCGAGAUUCAAUUACCCAGUUUGACUGAUU